UUAAAAUCUUCUAUCUCUUUCCCACCCGUGAGUGUUUUUUACUUUCUCGAGGAUUUGCUUUGUUGAAAGAUUUGUAGUUUCUAAUCUAAAGUGUACACGGUUGAAUAGGCAAGAAUAAUAAACUUACUGAAAAUAAAUCCAUUACUUGUUGAUAUCUUAGCUUAGUUAGUUUCUUUCAAAAUCAAACACGAAGAUGGUCGAAGGUAGGUAGCGAGCGGGCGAGUUCAAUAAACUUUGGAUUGUCAGAAAUGUCAUUCGUUUCCUUCGUUUAUCGGUGUUUUCUUGGUGGACAAUUUAUACGAUCUGUUAAAUAGUGCUAGUGUUAUAUUAGUUUUAUGAUGGAAAAUCACAGCCCUCCAGAGCGGACUCCCCCAGUGCAGUUCGUGCGAAGUUCUCGUGCGUUUCGCCAGUUCAAAAAUCCACCGCAACCACACAUGUGUAUACAGGACUCUAUCAAGGAUUCCAAUGAGAAGCUGUUUAUAAACGUGCUGGGAUGGCAGAAGAUCGCGAACCCGAAGCAGUAUUCGGACCCAAUACCGCUUUACGGCGGCAUGCAGGUCCCUCAAGGAUGUGGGCCCAACAGCACUCGCCCACCGUUGCUUGUGUUUGCGGUGAUGGUCAAUCCGGACAUCCUGAAGGCUAAUGGAAAAAAUGCUAUUAAUCCUAGUGAUCGAGAGGCCCUUGUGAGUCUGUUGUGUGACUUCGUGGAGGCCAUGAACCCGGGGCUGGUGCUGAGCCGCAAGCCCACCAUACUGCGGGAUCGCGACCUGGCCGGGGAGUUGAAGGAUGUGUGGCUUGCUGUCCAGAACAAGCGGGAACGGGAGAAGGGGAUGAAUCAGGAUGUUAUGUAUAAGGUAUACGACAUCGACGGAAUCGGCAACGAAGACGCCAGUGAAGAAAACUCAAACAACCUUCGAAACUGCAGAGAACCUGAGAACAUGUCACCAACAAAAAACCCAAACAAUGACAAGAGGAUCGUCAAAUCAUCCAAACAGAUACUUUUGAACGCCGGACAGAAGUCUGAAUUCGACUCAGGCAUGAACAACUGCCAACUGAACCAAAACCACACAGAAAGAGACAACAGGGGUGCCACCACAAAUGCCGACACGACUUACUGUACCCCCGUCUACGGUCAAAUAGUCUCCACAAGAGAAAACCACAAUCAAAUCAAUGAUAUCCAGCAAAAGUUGUCAGGGGAGACCACAAAACCGUCAACAUCGUUCAGAAAAGAAUGGAACACAGUUCACGGUAAGACAACUGACGGUUGGGAUGAGUUCUCCAAACGAAACAUUAUUACGAUAUCCAGCAGCGAACCUGAAGACAAGAUUAGGAACUUCAAAGCCGAACAGAACAAACAAAUGAGCAACGGUAAGCAGUAUGACUUCUUUCCAGUAUUUGACAAUAAGUCUAGCCCCUCACUAGAGAAAUCGGAUAGUAAGGAGGAUAAAUCGAAAGAAGACAAAUCUAAAAUAAUUGUAGACCCAAUGCAGAAGUUAGUUCUGCAUGUGACUGAUAAUAAACUAUGUGAUAAUAACGCGAGUGCUCUCAGCUCAGUUAACUCAUAAAAUUGAAAGCUGCCUGUAUUUUGUUAUACCUACACUACAAAUGCGGCAAUCGGUGAAUGUUUUUUGGUAAGUUGAUGUUACUUACAUCUCCCUAUCAAGGCAUUUUAUGUGAGAAGUUUUGUAUUUGCAGCUUUUAUCAAAAGCGUACUCUUAUGGGCAGUAUUUUGCGUUAUCUAUUAACUAUCUUGAAAAAUAUAGCAAUUCUAUCUUAGCCUAUUUUUAACAGAAACACUGAAGCAAUUUAUAUCACACAUAUAAAAACAUCACCUAGAUGAUUUAAUUUGUUUAUGUUAUGUGAAUGCUAAUCAAAAUGUAUAUAAAUAUCAGCAAAAGGCUUCUAUGUUUCAGCCUAAUGCAAUAUCGAAUAACUAGUCACUGAACAGAGCAAGCCAACUAUGGCGUUUUAUAUGUAUACAAAACUUUUAUAAAAACUAAUUUACUUUUACUUUUCAAUCUUUAAAUAUUGCCAGAUUUUGUACAGAGAUCUUUACACUACUUUUUAAAUGUAUACUUUCAAUGCUAAAAAUCGUGUUCAGUUUAUACCGAGUAUGAUGGAUAUAACAUUAUGAACAAGGCAAAUCGGUUUAUAAAAUAAUAAUGUGGGCUUGAUUCAAAACGUACGAUCUUAUAUUUAAAUUUCCAUACUUUUCCAGAAUACUUAUGCCCUAUUUUUUCGUUUUUUUUUUAAAUAUCGAAUGCGAUGAAUACUUUAAUACUUUUUUACGAAAAAGCUUAAGAUAUUGACAAAUAAUGACUAACAAAAUUAAAAGUAUAGGCUUUAAAUAUGCUUGGGGUAUGGAAUAAUGAAUUUCACUUCCUUUGUAUCCCUUAGCUGUUUAAAUUCCAUAUCUAAGCAUACUUGAGGAUGGUUGGAGAUCUAGACGAGACUGACACUUAUAGAUAGAAAAAAAUAUUAUAAGUGUAAUAGAGAAAUUUACGAAUGCUCGAAUUGGUCAAAUAGACUGUUAGUUGUUUAAAGUUAAAUCGAUUUUAUAUCCAUGCAAGAGGAGUAAAGGUAAGCGUCCAUCUUUCGGCUUCGUUCGUACGCAACGGACGCAUCGCAUUCAUCAUUGUUUGUACGGCCACUUCAUCGGCUAUCAUCACGA